AGUUUACCCGUACCUUAUCCAUCCUGCACAGGGUUUUACAAUGUUAGGCACAUACUUGGUGUAUACUGUCUUUGCGAUUUUAGCUUCUAUAUCAGAAGCUCACGUGAGGUUAACCUUUCCCCCAGCAAGACGUUAUGCAUUGGAUUUCCUGGACAACGGGCGAACUAGAGGCCCUUGCGGGUUCCAACCGUACGCAGGGGCACCAAGAACUACACUGAUAGAGGGCACGAAAUUAAGAGUGACAUGGCACCUCGCGUACUCACACAGGGGCGGCGCACAAAUUCAGAUUAUAAAAGAGAAUCCCUUCGUCGUUGUGACCAGUCUUACGGGCGGAGCGUUCUUGUUUCAAAAUGAUUCAACUCGCCAAUAUGCUGACGUCGUUUUGCCGGUGAAUUACACUUGCGACUCGUGCGCUAUUCGUUUGUUCCGACAAGCUUCUGAGUGGGGUGGUGCAUACCGAUUUUGGAGUUGCAGUGACGUAACCAUUUUACGUCAUCCAAAUGCGUCAUCGGCAGUUUGUGCAGCCACUCCAACGGCUGCACCAAUCGGUAAUGGAACCGGUGGAGUGAUUGGAGAACCAGAACCAACAGCCCAACCAAGACCAACUGGAGAACCAGAACCGACAGCCGAACCAAGACCAACUGGAGAACCAGAACCUGAACCAACUGGAGAACCAGAGCCAACAGGAGAACCAGAACCAACUGGAGAACCAGAGCCUGAGCCACAGCCCAAUGGUGGUGGGCAAACUGCUACUAUGAACCUGUGUCAACCAGCGGAACCACUUCUAUAUAAUCAAUGUUAUGUUGGAAAAUGCUUGAACAACGGCACCUGCGAUCCAGUCACUGGGUUAUGCAGCUGUGUGAAACUUUUCUCUGGUGAUCGUUGUGAAAAUAAAGAUCAAUGUUGGGUGGAUAGUGAUUGUGGACGUGGAAGAUGCAUAGACACCAGGAGCACAACUUAUCCUAAACUUAUGUGUUACUGUGAAGCUGGGUGGCAUGGAGAGAGUUGCGAUACAAGCUCUGAUAUCGUUGUUCAGCAAAACUAUUCGAGCAACCCUGAUUACUGGACAAGAGAGCUCAGUCCUGGGAACAUCUACGUUCACUGGAGACUUGUGAGAAAUAACACAGAAAUUGAGAUUGCUGUUCGUGCUAAAACUCUCAGUUGGGUGGGCAUUGGUUGGAGGCCAAGAGGUUUAACAACUAGAUGCAAGAGUUUCCCAUACAGCGGUUCUAGGCCUACUUUGGACCGAGCUUAUAUGGAUAUUGUGACAGCUUUAAAGAGCCAACCAAUUGUGGCCAAAAAUGCAACAUUGGAUCCAGAAAUUGAAAUUGAGAACUCGUUGCAAAGUAAUAUUGUAACUAGAUGUUCCCCUGGUACUGGCACAGGUACACAACCAACUGGUCAACCGGAACCAGAACCGACAGGAGAACCAGAACCAAGACCAACUGGUGAACCAGAACCAACAGGAGAACCAGAACCAAGACCAACUGGUGAACCAGAACCAACAGGAGAACCAGAACCAGAACCAACAGGAGAACCAGAACCAGAACCAACUGGUGAACCAGAACCAACAGGAGAACCAGAACCAACUGGCGAACCAGAACCAACUGGCGAACCAGAACCAACUGGUGAACCAGAACCAAGACCAACUGGAGAACCAGAGCCUGAACCAACUGGAGAGCCAGAACCAACUGGAGAACCAGAACCUGGUGCAACCCAACCACCAGGAUCACCACUGACUCAUCCGAUGGACUGUAUUGAUGUUGUAAUUGGGUCAGUUAAAGGUAACCUUCACAGGGUGCAAGAUAUGUACACAAGAGAUCGUUCCACACCUCGUGCAGAUGCCUUCUAUGGUGGAAGUGAUGAUAUUACUGGUUCUGCUGGUUCCCAAGUAGAUGGUUUCACCACAAUUGUGUUCCGAAAGAAAACUAGAGCGAUACUGCAAUGUGACCACAGCAUAGUAGAUGCUCCAAUGCAAGUUGUUUGGGCAAUUGGACAAGGUCUUGAUUCGUAUGGUCACCGUCCAGGCUCUGGCCUUGAAGCUUGUACAGCAAGUGACUUCAAGUUUUAUCGUCAUGACGAAAUUAAGUACCAUGGCACUAAUCGCUUACAGCGGGGUUCCAGUACAAUGAACUUCUAUGAAAACCCUACACCCCCAACUAACAGUCCUGCACCUGGUGUAUGUUCCACUUUAUCUGGUGAAUACAAAUUACCAAGAUCAUGCGACUCAUCUGCUGCUAAUUUCAACUGCGAGUAUUUCCUUUCAUGGACUCUUGACUCUUCAACCAACGCCAUUCAAUUCACCCUAAAAUCCAGACAAGCAAAUACAAGAUGGAUCGCACUUGGUAUUAGCUCAGACAAAAGGAUGGCAAACACAGACGUCAUCAGUGCUUAUAUUAAUAGCCAAGGCACUGCUGUGGUUCAAGAUAGGUGGGCAACUGGUUACACUCCACCACCAGUAGACUCUGUCAACUCAUUAUCGGGCAUUAGUGGAAGUUAUACAAAUGGCGUCAUGACUUUUCAGUUUUCUCGUCCAAGAGACACAGGGGAUAGUAGCCAGGAUGUGAAAUUCACUGAUAGCGAGUGUCAACACAUGAUUUAUGCAAGUGGGCCUUUAAACACUGGUCGAACAAACAUAAACUACCAUACCUCUACUCCUAUAAUCAGUAAUAAUAAGAUUUGCAUUCGUAGCUGUGGUGUGAUUGUCUCACAAGUUAUUAGCAUUGAAGGAACUUUAACAAUGACAGGAAAAGUUUAUACAAGUGAUUUGUCCAACCCAAGUUCUCAAACAUUUAUUAAUUUAAAGGCAGAAGUGGAGCCUUUGAUUCAAGCUACAUUUACAGAAGCAGGACAAGAUCUCUCAGCUGGUUCAACAAGCAUUGUCACAGUAACUGGUUUCACACAAGGCAGUGUAAUUGUUAACUACGUGGUUCAAGUCACUCACACUAAUUCUUCUAUCACACCUACUGAUGCAGUGAAUCAGCUAGAAAGAGCUUUUAACGACAUAAUAGCUGCCAACAACGGUUCACUUCCAAACUCCAACAUUAAGGUUGCCUCUCUUACAGUGACACAACAAGUGCCUGCAACUACAGCAGCCCCUGUACCACCUGAACCUUUUGCUGAAUGGAAGAUAGCUGUGAUAUGCGCUUGUAUACUUGCUGCUGCCGCCAUUAUUGCUGCGGUGGCUGCUACAUGUAUUAGAAUGCAUAGGAAAGAGGACACUUCUUCUGUCAUGCCGAUGAAGAAAAGUGAAAAAGCAGGAUUUGCAAACCCAGUAGGUAAUGAAUAUGAAGAACUACAUGAGAAAACAUCUCGUGCUGGUUCAUCAGGUAGCUCUGCCAGUGGUGACGUUGACAAAAUGCAAGAAAAAGUGUAAUAUGCAACUUAAUAUUGAGUUCCAGUUCUGUAUAAAACAUCAGACAAACAUGGUUUUAACCCAUGGAAAAAAUGUCGAUGAGAUGAAAUAGAAUAAGUUUUCAUGCAGCACUUAUUUCAAUUUAAAAUAUACAUUCUUAUUUUUAUUGCAUAUUUCUAAAUAACGUUUUUCGAGAGUUAAAAUCUUAACAAUGGUAAAUAAGAAUCAUCUCUUUAGUUUUGAUGUAAAAGCUAUUUUCAUUAUUUUUGUUGUUGUUUUUGUUUUACGCAUAUUUAUACUUUAUUUUCUUUUCCUAUAUCAAAGAACUUAAUUUACAAUAAACGCAUUCUUUUCGAACUGAAAAUUCUCUGCAAAAAUAUUUUGACUUUAAAUUUCCAGAUGAAAACACUUUUUUCCUUUUUAUAUAAUUCUACAAAAACAAUCGUGUGUUGGAUUGAGUUUGUGUAUAAUAAAAUACGACAUACACA